AUGCUGCACUUGCCCGAAAAGGAGCCCAGCCCUGGUGCCCUCAGCUCCACCACCUCGGCGGGCUGGGGGACCACGCCCAGCUGGCCCCACACUGGCUCAGAGCUGGCCGUCUGCAUGGCGUUCUCAGAGAUGCAGUCCAUCGCCUGGGCCCCGCAGGCCCCUCACCGCUGUCGGGAUGCGCAGGCGGAGGACGGCGCCUCUUUCUCCUCGGGAGUCCUCUCCUGCGUCCGGCCCUCACUCCAGGGUGAAGACGCUGCUCUUGGGCUGACUUUCUCAGGAAGGAAACCAAGCCUCCGAGACAGCUCGCGUGGCCCCGCCCCCUGCUGGCCCCUCCCGCUCCCCGAGCAGCCGCCCUCCUGGAGUCGCGGCUUCGCCUUCCGGGCCGGGCUGCGCAUUUCCGCGUCCAUCAGCUCCGGACAGCGCGGCCCCGGGGGCCUCGGGGUGGACACGGACGGCACCACAGGGAGGGUCGCGGGGCCACCCGUCCCCGGGGACGCCUGUGCUGCGGUCCCGCCCGCCAGCGCAGGGGGCCUCCGGGAAGGCCCGGCUGCGCCCAGCGGCCGACGGGGAGGCACCCGUCGGGGAGGCCGGUUGAGAACUGCUCCUCCGCUGGCGUUGCCAAGCCACCUCUGCAGGUCUGUGCCCCCAGAGAGCACACGUGACCGCGCCUGGCCGCCAUCGUCCCCACCGUCCACGGCAGGGACCGUUGCGGCGCUACUUACAUUUGCACAAUUCUGGGGGGGCCCACACCUUUGCACACCUCCCUGGGUCACUCUAGCCUCCUGGUCUGACCCGGAGUGCACCAGACGGGGUCCAGCGGGAAACAGACGCAAGAAGCACCCACAGGACGUGACAGAAGGCGGGGAGGCCGAAGGAAGCAGGGGAACACCUCGGACCCAGGCCCCGCCCGCCAGCCCGCCAGCCCACCUCCCCUCCGGGGUCUCUGUCCUCUCUUCCCAUCGCUCCAGCAGGCUGGGCCCGGGAAGACCUCAGUGCCGGGACUCGGCCCGUGGCGCCGGCGCGUCUGGGGGGGAGCGGGAGGGGCGCGCUGCGCCUGGGUCCACGGAGGGCCUCAUUUGUUCAUCAGCUGAGAGCACCCGAGGGGCGGGGUGCGUGGAAGUCGCGUGCAGUGCGCGGCCUGUCGGCGGAGCUGCUAAUAUAAAUUUGCUCAGCUGUGACACACACAGGGUUGUUCUGGCUGAGAGAGAAAAUAAACGUCGGCCCGGCAUUUUCUUUCCGGCGGAGCUAAAAGCUCUCUGGGGCCUGCCGGAGGCAACAGGCAGCGGGGGCCUCCUCCAGGAAGAUCAGCUCUUCCGUCCGGCUCCACGGUACCCCAGCCACGGGGCCUUGGACGUGGCCACCUCUGGGAGCAGACAGGACCCCUGA